AUGGCUGCCCCGUCCAUGGCUGCGGCCUUGGCCGCCUCGCUCCCCGCUCCGGCUGCCGCCCCAGCCCCAGCAGCGCCCGUAUAUGAAGCUAUCCCACCUUCCAUGGCCAAAGUUAUCGAUAUCGAGGCUGAAAUUGCGCUUCAAGUGGUUCAAUUAGAUGGCAUGGUUGUCUCCAAAAUCUUGAAACAUGCCCGCGAGGCCACGUCGGGGACGGUCCAUGGCCUGUUGCUCGGAUUGGACCUUGAUGGCACGCUGGAAGUGUCCAACUCAUUCGCCCUGCCCCACCAUGUCAGCGACGAGGACGACAAGUCUGCAAAGUCAAGCGCGAAAUAUCAGGCCUCGAUGCUGAGGUCUUUGCGGGAGGUCCAAGCGGACGACAGUGUGGUCGGCUUCUACCAGGCGACGAGUCUCGGUGCAUUCUUCAACCAAAACCUUGUCGAGAUUCAGGCCAUCCACCAGGACAAACUGCGGCAUGGCGGUGUUGUCAUUGUUCACGAUGUCUCGCUGACAGCGCGGGGUAACGCGUCGUUUCGUGCAUUCCGCCUCACACCCUCCUUCCUGGACGCGUACAAAAAGUCGAACUUCAGCACGACAAGCCUGAUCAGCCAUCGCCUCACAUUCUCCGCCAUCCUCGAGGAGAUCCCGCUGCAAGUACGAGUCAACCCGUUAUUGGGCUCGUUCCUGAGCAAGCUUACGCAAUCGUCGCCGUCCCCACUCCCCGAUCCCGCGCCAGACGCUACCCGCACCGCUGUCAUUCCACCCACCUUCAGUGCGCUGGACCUCAGGACGAGUGGCUUGACAAGAAAUCUCGAGCAGAUAAUCGAGACUGUAGACAACUACAAAAACGAGGAGGGCAACGUCGCCUUUUUGCAGCGCCAGAUCGCAAGAGAACGGCUCAAGGCGGAGAACUACAUCCAAAAGCGGAAAGAGGAGAAUAUGGCGCGUGCAGCGCAGGAUCUUGCCCCGCUACCCGAGGAGGAUGUCGCUCGGCUGUUCAAGAUUCCCCCAGAGCCAAGUCGGCUGGAGAGUAUGCUGUUGCUGGGCCAGAUUGACGCGUAUGCGAAGAAUUUAGAAACUGCGGCUAGUAGUGGCUUGAUAAAAAUGUACAGUGUGCGUAACUAG